CAGGAAGCGCCGUCGCUGCCGGCGCCAUGGCGGCUCCCGGCGAGGCGGCGCGGGACGGGCUCGGGGCGGCCGAGCAGGAUCCGCCGCCCGCGGGGCCCGGCGCGGAGGAGGCGGCGGGCGCGGGCGGGGCCGGCGGGGCCGAGGCGGGCGAGGCCGGCGCGGGCGGCGAGGCCAGGGCGGAGGCCGCGGACGGGGAGGGCCGCAGCGCCGGGGCGGAGGCGGCGGACGGGGAGGAGCCCGGGCUGCAGCCGUGCGCGGCCAGGAGGGCGAGGCUGGAGCUGAAGGAGCGGAAGGAGAAGAAGCAGAAGGUGGACGAGGACGAGAUCCAGAAGAUGCAAAUCCUGGUCUCGUCCUUUUCCGAAGAGCAGCUGAACCGUUACGAGAUGUAUCGCCGCUCCGCGUUCCCCAAGGCUGCCAUCAAACGGCUGAUCCAGUCCAUCACCGGCACCUCCGUCUCGCAGAACGUGGUUAUCGCCAUGUCCGGCAUCUCCAAGGUCUUCGUUGGGGAGGUGGUGGAGGAGGCGCUGGACGUGUGUGAGAAGUGGGGGGAGCUGCCCCCUCUGCAGCCCAAGCACAUGCGAGAGGCCGUCAGGCGGCUCAAGUCCCGGGGGCAGAUCCCCAAUUCCAAAUACAAAAAGAUCAUCUUCCACUGAGCGGCCCAGGGGCAGCGAGAGGCCGCAGGUUCGGCGCAGCCUCGAGCGCCCGGCUCCGGCGCUGCGUUCGCAGGCCCUGGCUGGAGCUUUGUCCUCCUGUGGCCGCAGGGACGGCUCCUUGCUGUACCGACCCGCUGGGAUCCCACCUCCUGCUGGCACAGGUGCAGCGAGUCUGUGUACAGAACUGUCCGUUUUUGUACAUUAAACUUGUUAUUGUAUUGUCA